GAACAAAUGAGAAUAUAAUAUCAGAAUAUAAUUAGAUUAGAUUAAUAUAACAAAAUUAUUACUUUAAGAAAAAAAAAUCGGGAAACAAAAGUAAAAGAAGAAGAGUAGGGUUCUUCGAAAAUCUUCUCCUCCUUCCUUCCCUCUCUCACGCUCCUCUUUCUUCAUUUUUUUUUUUUAUUUUCCGUCUCUCUCUUCAAUUCAAGACUAUAUCCUUUAAAUUUAGAUUUUUGGACACCUUUUUGCUUACUUGUUUUUCAACUAUUUGGAGGCUUUCUUUUUCUUUUUUUUUUUUUUAUAAGAUUAAUUAGAAAUAAGUUAAAACUUGUCUCUGCUGGGUGUUUUUCAUCGAACAGGUGGUGAGAAUUGCGGAUACAAUUCUCCAAUCGGAUUGGCUUCACUUUUCUCUGAUUGAUUGGCAGGCAUGGAUGAGCAAUUCAUACUUAGAGUUCCACCGUCUGUUGCUGAGCGCAUAGAUCGGCUUUUAAGUGAAAAUGCUUCAUUGUCUGAGGACAAAUCACUGGAUUUGGUAUUUUCUGAGGAUGGGAGGACUGGUACAUUUGUCAUUGGCAAUGAUCGUUUCCCUGCAUCUCUCUUUGAUCUUCCUUGUGUUGUUGAGUCAUACAAAACUUACGAUGAUAGUGCCUUAGUUAAAACAGCUGAUGUCGGCCAAAUGAUUUUGGUCAGAGAGUCAGGAGAUGCAUCUCCAGACGUAGUGGAGUACAGACAUGGUCUCACCCCUCCAAUGAGGGAUGCACGGAAACGAAGAUUUAGGAGGGAGCCAGAUCUAAAUCCAGAGUUUGUACAACGUGUUGAAAAAGAUUUGGUGAACAUCAUGUCUGGAGGAACAGUUGAAAACCUCGAUGCUGAAGUCAAUGGGCAAGGUGAAGCUGGUGAUGACAAUGCUCGCAAUUCUAAUAAGAAAGCUCCACCUGCACCUGCAACAAAGGCUGAAGCUCCAGGUACAGGAGGCAAUGCUGGGGAACCUGAUGGAACUGACUCUGAUGACUCUGAUGAGUCAAUGUGAAUUCAAGUUCCAUACAUGGCUUUUAUAGUUAUGUGAUUUGGCCGAGGAUUUCCAUACCAUCCAUCAGCUUUUCUGAUAUGCUUUUGAAGAUGGUUCACAGCUUCAGAAUUUAUCAGGGUUAACUGAUCUGUUUUAAUAUUUGCCUCUUUUUUAUUUUUGGUUUCAUUUUGUUAUCAACCCCAACAUAUUUUCGUGAUCGGGAUCUAUGUAGUGAGUUUUCCUCUUGAAAUGCUCGCUGGAUUUGCUUAUUCAACCACAUGGAAGAACUGCAU